AAUCAUUCGGCAUGAUUUCUUCUUGUGGGUCACAUGGUUGUUCUGCUGGUGGUCCGUGAAUCGUUGCUCUGUUCGUCUUUCGGAAGUUCAUCUUCAUUAUUUUGUUUGUCACGUAAAGUUAUAUACUCGGCUCGAUGUUUGUCGUCUCGCUAGUUCGAUUUCAGGUUGACGCGAAUCAUCUACUUAAUUCUCCGUCCGCUUUGUUACAACAGCUAUUGCCAUCGUCGAAAAAUAAUACGGCAUAGCAUGUGAUCCUUGAAUAUAUGUUUAGGGCAACGACAUGGAGCUGGUUCAUGCGAAGCAGAAGGUUAGCUGAAGAAAGCAGUAUGAUUUAUUUGCAUUCAUAAGAGGAACACGAUGGGGAUUCAUAUUUAUACAGGUGCAAUUUUAUAGUCUCGUUGAACAAGAACAAAAAUAUGGGGACGACAAGUGAGCACGUUAUAGACGCCUUUGCGGGCCGCAACCCGCAUUGGCAUGACUCGGAGGCAUACUUGCAUAGUGGAGAAAAUGAUGCCGAGAGUCAACACAGCGUGGCGGUAAACGACUGGAGUUGUGUCGGCGGUAAGCCAAUGAAGGUUUUUCCAGAUUUUCUCGGAAUGUCAAUGCCUGGCUAUCGGUACGGAAUAACGGGCGCUACCCGACCCCUCAUGAUUGUCAAGCCCUGUGCAUGUCCGGGCGGUGUUUUGCAGCCACCGAUGGAGUACGACUACGGCGUGCGGGACUCGGAUGGCCUGUGGCACGUGAAAAGCGACAAAAAGUUUAUGGGCUUCUACAGCGCACACCAAGCUGGUGCACAUUUUGAAGAAAAAAGUGGUAGCGUGGGCACCAAGAGACGACGAAUUCACCUUCCUGAACCACUAGAUGGCGGAAUGACGCAAAUUCUUACUGCAAAGCAGGUCAGCCCGAAUCACCUCGUCGUAAGUGGCAGUCCCCUAGUACCUGUCGACGACCCUGAGUUUUUCGAAGGAGUUGGUAAGUCAGCACGUCCAACCAACUCGUCCCGGCGAAGAAAUAGUUUCACCAUAGGAGAAUGGUUGAUCGAUGUUUUUCGAUCUGGACUCUCUUCUGUAGCCAAGACGUACCAGGGAAGUGACGACCUGAAAAAUCGUUUUCAACGAGAAGGGGAAACGUUCUUCCACAUCGGAAAGCGACAAUGCUUCGAAGUGGUCCGUGAUCGUGACGAUGGUCAUGAGAACGAAGACAGCAAUCGCUCAACAGAAGUCCCAGAUAACAAGCUUGGAAGUAGUAGAUGCGAUAAGGUUCUUGGAAGUAGUACAACGGCUUUUUUCGGAGCAAGCACCGGAUCGGAACCCUAUUCGGCGGACUACGGGUGUGUGGCGGGACCCCAAACGAGGGGAGAGGACGCUGGUAAGCGCAUGGGUCAGUUUUGGAGCACUGUAAUUGCUGAAACGGACUGCCCCUGCGACGAUGAGUUUAGCAUGAUAGCGAACAAGGUGAAGCGGCCUACCGUAGAUGUCGUACUGAAUCCGGCGACGCUGCAAACGGUACGACAAAUUUUGAGGCUAGAUUUUCCUCUCGAGCAGAUUCCGGAAGACUACCUCGAAGUCCACCAGUUUUUAGAUGCGAAGGCACGCAAGGGAGCGCUGCAGGUGUAUUUUCAGCCACAAGGACAUACUUGGGUCUUCCAUGGAUUCAGCGAAAAAGGGGAGAAAGAAGCAGUCGGCGAAACUGUACAGAAGAUGCAUCAAUUUUCUGACGGGUUCUACUAA